AUGUCAAUUCAAACAUUAGAUCAAACUCAGCAACAGCAACAACAACUACACUCAUUAUCAUUGAUUGCAGCUCAUUCCCAUAUUACUGGUUUGGGUUUAGACCCGGUGACUUUACAACCCAAAGAAUCCUCACAGGGUAUGGUUGGUCAAUUAAAAGCCCGUCGUGCUAUGGGGGUUGUUUACAAAAUGAUUAAAAUGGGGAAAAUUGCAGGGAGAUGUGUUUUGUUGGCAGGACCUCCAAGUAGCGGUAAAACUGCUUUGGCGCGAGGGUUAGCCCAAAAUUUGUCUUCUAACGAUGAUGAUGAUAAAGAACAAACUGGUAGUAGUGGUAGUAAUACGGUUCCGUUUACUGCUAUUGCUGGUAGCGAAAUUUUUUCUUUGGAGCUUAGCAAAACUGAAGCAUUAACUCAAGCUUUCAGAAAAUCAAUAGGAAUCAAAAUCAAAGAAGAAACUGAAUUAAUUUCUGGUGAAGUGGUAGAAAUUCAAAUUGACAGAAGCAUAACUGGCGGACAAAAACAAGGCAAAUUAACUAUUAAGACAACUGAUAUGGAAACAAUCUAUGAAUUGGGAAAUAAAAUGAUUGAUGGUUUAACGAAGGAAAAAGUCGUUGCUGGUGAUGUUAUCACUAUUGAUAAGGCUAGCGGAAAGAUCACUAAAUUGGGUAGGUCCUUUGCUCGCAGUAGAGAUUAUGAUGCUAUGGGUGCCGAUACCAAAUUUGUGGCUUGCCCAGAGGGUGAGUUACAAAAGAGAGAUACCGUAGUCCAUACUGUUUCAUUGCAUGAUAUAGAUGUAAUUAAUUCUAGAACGCAAGGUGUGUUGGCCCUAUUUACUGGUGAUACCGGUGAAAUCAGCAGUGAAGUUAGAGAUCAAAUUAACGCAAAAGUUGCUGAAUGGAAAGAAGAGGGAAAAGCUGAAAUUGUGCCAGGUGUCUUGUUUAUUGAUGAAGUUCACAUGUUAGACAUUGAAUGUUUCUCCUUUAUAAACCGUGCUUUAGAAGACGAAUUUUCCCCUAUUGUUAUUAUGGCUACCAAUAGAGGUAUUUCACAAACAAGAGGUACUUCUUAUAAAUCGCCACAUGGCUUACCACUGGAUUUAUUAGACAGAUCUAUUAUAGUUACGACCACUGUAUACAAGGAAGAUGAAAUAAACACAAUUUUGAAAAUUAGGGCACAAGAGGAAGAAGUGGAAAUUAACGAUGCCGCACUUGCUUUGUUAACCCAGAUUGGAUCUGAAACUAGUUUGCGUUAUGCUUCUAAUUUAAUAUCUGUUUCUAACCAGAUUGCAUUAAAAAGGAAAAGCAAUAAUAAUAUAAUCGAAGUUCAUGACAUUAAAAGAGCGUAUUUAUUGUUUUUAGAUAGUAAAAGGUCUGUUGAAUUUGUGACCCAAAAUGAAAGUCAGUAUAUUGAUGAUAAUGGGAAAGUCGAGAUCUCUUCUCAAAAACAAAACAACGCAACGGAUUUAGAUGCAAUGGAUACUACCGAAUAA